UGCCAUUUUAUCAUUUCGGAGAAGACGCAAAAGGAGGUUCUUGCUUCAACAGUGCUUGAACGGAACUUCUUCCCUUCGUCUGAGAUUUCGCUGCAUCUGCUGUAUUUAGCUUACAUUUGAAUAAUAAAUUCUAUUUUUUUACGGAUCAUUUUGAUAGUAAAACAAGGACAAAAUUGCCGAAAUGGAGACUUCUCAGGUUCGCCAGAACUACCACCGUGACUGCGAGGCAGCCAUCAACCGCAUGAUUAAUAUGGAGUUGUUUGCUUCAUACACCUACACCUCGAUGGCAUUUUAUUUUGACCGUGACGACGUCGCACUUCCGGGAUUUUCUCACUUCUUCAAAGAGAACAGCGAUGAGGAGCGCGAGCAUGCGGAUAAGUUGCUGUCCUUCCAGAAUAAAAGGGGCGGGCGCAUUUUUCUCCAGGAUGUGAAGAAACCAGAGCGUGAUGAGUGGGGCAGUGGACUAGAGGCUAUGGUGUGCGCUCUGCAGUUGGAGAAGAACGUCAACCAGGCCCUCCUGGACCUACACAAGAUCGCCUCUGAGAAAGUGGAUCCACAUCUUUGCGACUUCUUGGAGUCCCAUUACCUGGGUGAGCAGGUGGAGGCCAUCAAGAAGCUGGGCGACCACGUCACCAACCUCACCAAAAUGGAUGCUGCCAACAAUAAAAUGGCAGAGUAUCUGUUUGACAAGCACACUCUGGGUGGCAAAAGCUAAACGAGAUGCUUGAUCUGUAAUGUGGCAGUCUGCUGGGUUAAUGAUUAAUCUGCCAUUACCAAUAUGACAACCACUCCCGCUGCUGAUGCAGGAUGAUGGCUGCCUUACAAAAUAAUUUUAAACUGCAGUUUUCAAUCUGAUGAAGAAAUAAACAUUUUGAGCAGA